AUGCAGCUACGCUUGUUUACCAGUUCAGUUCAAUUAUAAUAUUAACCACAAGUAUUGUUAAUCCAGAUGCAUGGCCGAACAGAAAAGUCUUAGAGAUAUUUAACUUAUGUCUUAUCACAAGGGAAUUUAGAUUUCAUACAUCCAGCACCAUUACUGACUCAACCUUCAAUGAAUGAAUAACAUGCAGAAUCCCAUAUUAAUGUGGCUAUAGCAUCAAACACUUCUCAACUCUGCGGAUAUUUCCUUCUUUUUAUAAUUGCACAACCAUUUCCAGUUCCAAUGAAAGUGCACAUUAUAGAAUAUGCAGGGUAAUAAUUAUUCACAACUAACAGACAAGGGUAAAUCUUCACAUUUUGCCUCAGUGCAGGCACACAAUACUUCGAUUAAUCUACAUUGAGAUGCCCAAGAGCUAAUAAAUUAUCAUCACUUUUAUUAGUAGAGCAAACAGAAGAGGAUUGCUAUUAAUUCUAAUAACAAAAUAUUAUUAUAUUAUAUCUACAUCUGCAAAAGCAAUACUUAAACCACAAUAUAUUUAUAUGUUGUACAUCUGUGAAAAGUCGAGGGUACAUCUGUGCAUUUAGAAGGGGAACAACUAGUUGGUGUUUCAAUUUAGAGUGCAGUUCAAAUAUAUGA